AUGUCAAGUUUGAAGCACUCCAUCCGCCAACAACAAGCCCAACUCCAGAACCUCGAAAACUUUGUCCGUGUAGGACCACGACCAUACCCAUCAGACCUACGAGAAGAACUUAACGACAAUCUCGACAUGUACCCACCCUCCUCUUAUACAAGCUCACCACGACAUGUAUCGUCAUCCUCCUUGUCCAUGUCAUCGAGCGGACCACCGCCGUCAUCAUUCGUAGCGCCUGGUUCUCCGUCCACCUCACCGACAACGUCGACGGCGGCAUUCAAGAUGAAACGACGGUCGAGUUAUGACGUACUACAUGAUCUGGCCGGACCCGACUCGAACCUGCCUCUCCCCAAGCGGACGGAUUCCUCUAUGGGACACCACCACGAUUCAGAGAAUGGGGUCAUCCGGGAGGGCGUACCCUUCCAGAAUGGCAGUCCUCAAGCUAAACGGGCACCAAGUCCAACUCGUACUCUCUCUCGAAUACCUAUCUCUUCUGUCGGCAAUGCACGGUUACUCGCCGACGAUAGCCAAAAUUCAGUAACGCCUCCCCGCCCGUCCCCGACUAGCAAGUCAAUAUCCCUCGACGGCCACUCCAACGCCGACACUUCCACCUCUUCCAUAACCGCCGUCGCCUCUCCUUCAAAGCGCCUGUCAUUUACGCCGGGUAACACGACCAAAGUCCUCGCCGACCUCCAAACCGGCGUUGUCAACGCCCGCAAUGCCCUAGAACACACCAAAUCGCAACUCCGCCUCUCCCAACGAACCGUCUCACAACUUACACGAACGACCGAGGAUCUCAAAGAGUCUAGAGAACGACUGAGAUUAGAGAACGAAGGUUUGAAUAAUGUGGUGGCGAGGAAGGAGAGAUUGUUGCAGGAGGUGUUGGAGAGGGCACGGAAGGCAGAAGCGGAGGCUGCCGCGCUGAAGCAACAGCUCAAGUCGGAGACAACUACUUCGAAGAAGACGUUGCGGGAGAUGGAAGCGGCCUUAGCAGAGUCGACCGCUUUGUCGUCCAAGUCUGAACGGGAGUAUAUCACGUUGAGGGAUAGUAUCAAGGGCAUGGUAGAGUCGUGGAAACGUGACACUGAUCGGCUACGCGAGGAGAUCAACAAACGCGAGGCGAAGUGGAAGGCUGAAGGGGAGAAGAUUGCUAAAGAUUACAAGCAAUUGGUGCAGGAGCUCAAGAAAGCUGAAAAGGCUCGGGAGGACCUGGAGAAGUUGAAAAAGCAGGAUGAGGUGAAGAACAAGGAAGUGGAACAGAUGUGGUCGGACGAGAUUGCCAAGAUGAGGGAGGAGUUGGAGAAGAGCAAUCAGGAAACCGACAAGGCGGUGAAGACGGCAAAGGUGCUGGAGGAGGAACUGGCGAGGUUGAGAAGGAUGAUGCGCUCGGCGGGUAGAGAAGCCGCUGAGAAGGAGGAACAAGAAAAGCAAGACAAACCUCCGUCAUAA